CGUAUUUGUGCUGCUAUACCAUUUUCUAAAUAGUCUGUUUUUGUACUAUCGGGUAUUGUUCACUAAGUCGGCCAGCAAAACGUCAUUUGUGAAAUGACUUAGUUUUUUUAUAUAGCCUAUGUGUAUAAAACGAAUAGCGCAGAAUCAAUGCAGGCGUCGAGUCCAACCAAAGCAUUAAAAUGCGUUUCACUAUAUAUUUUGUGUGUGUGUGAGCGAAUGAGUGUGAGACCGCGCCGCGGAGAGAGGGAGAGGGGGAAUGUGUGGAUAGGAGAAAAAAAAGUGGGUGUCGCUGUGCAUGACGGGCUCAGAGCUCCAUGAUUGUAAUUUAGGGAGGGAUUUAAACAUUACACUCCGUGUUUUCUUAAGCGAGCAGGGAGCCGCCGCAUGGGACCUGCUUGGACCUGCAGCCGUUUGAUCGCCCAGGGUUACUGAAGUUUAAGCCCGAGGCGUGAUAGUUACGAUGUAUCCAAACUCUUAACUUUAAAACCCCGGUGCUCGGACUGGAGCGGGACUGAUCGCAGCGUUACGGCGACCCAACAAGUCUGUUUAACUGGGAAAUGAUCACACAUGAACGGCGGUGGAAGGAACAUGGUUGAGAGGACCAGCAAAUUUUUGUUGAUCGUUGUCGGAUCCGUCUUUUUCAUGCUGAUCCUGUACCAGUACGUGGCUCCGGGGAUGAUGAACUUCGGCUCUCCCCACGGGUACCUUUUGGAGGACGACUCGGAUAUCUUUCCGACUCCGGAUCCACAUUACGUGAAGAAAUACUAUUUUCCUAUCAGGGAGCUGGAGCGAACGGUGGAUUUCGAAAUAAAAGGGGACGACGUGAUCGUCUUCCUGCACAUCCAGAAGACGGGGGGGACCACUUUCGGCAGGCAUCUGGUGCAAAACGUGCGCCUGGAGCUGCCCUGCGAUUGCAGACCCGGGCAGAAAAAGUGCACAUGCUACCGGCCGAACAGGAAAGAGACCUGGCUGUUUUCGCGUUUCUCCACGGGCUGGAGCUGCGGCUUGCACGCAGACUGGACGGAGCUCACCAACUGCGUACCGGGGGUCCUAAAUAAGAAGGAGAAUAAGCUGAAAAAGCCCAGGAAGUUCUACUACAUCACGCUGCUGCGUGACCCGGUGUCGCGCUACCUGAGCGAGUGGCGGCACGUGCAGCGCGGCGCCACCUGGAAGACGUCGCUGCACAUGUGCGACGGGCGCACGCCUACGCCCGAGGAGCUGCCCUCCUGCUACGAGGGCGGCGAUUGGUCGGGCUGCACGCUGCGCCAGUUCAUGGACUGCCCCUACAACCUGGCCAACAACCGGCAGGUGCGCAUGCUGGCCGACCUCAGCCUGGUAGGGUGCUACAACGCCUCCUUCGUGCCCGAGAAGAAGCGUGCCCAGAUGCUCCUCGAGUCGGCCAAGAAGAACCUGCGCGACAUGGCCUUCUUUGGCCUCACCGAGUUCCAGCGCAAGACGCAGUACCUGUUUGAGAGAACCUUCCGGCUGCGCUUCAUCCGGCCCUUCGUGCAGUACAACAGCACACGGGCAGGUGGGGUCGACGUGGAUGAGGACACUGUGCUGCACAUUGAGGAACUCAAUGACCUUGACAUGCAGCUCUAUGACUACGCCAAGGACCUCUUCCAGCAACGCUACCAGUACAAGCGGCAGCUGGAGAGGCGCGAGCAGCGCCUCAGGACCCGCCGCUUCCGACAGGAGUCGCCCCGGGACGAAGGGACUGAGGACGGUGCCCGUCUGCCCACCGAGGACUAUAUGAACCAUAUCAUCAACCGCUGGUAGCCCCUGAUCCAGAACUGGGGGGGAGCAAUCAGACAUCCCACCCACCUCAGGAGAACGAACCCGCAUUCCCUUCAUGGCGAUCUGCGUUACGUUCGUGGUGGGGGCGGACUGUGAUGACCAGCGGCCACCCACAAUCCUUUGCGUACUCAGAUGCAUGAACAUACUCAGCUCGUAGACUGGCAUCAGGCCUAGGGACAGCUGGAGUCGUACAGGGAGGGGGUCUAGGACCCGUGGAAGCUGGGGGGGGGGGUAAAAACUCACUACAUUAUUUACAAAGAGGUAUAUAUAGGUAAAAAGUAUUCUGUUUGUUGAGUCGGCGAGUAUGGUGCUUUUUAAGAGUGAGAUUUUAGUACUUUGGAAAGAAGGAUUUUUAAUGAGCAGGAGUGAAACCUGAAAGCUCCCUGAAGGAGCCCUGAAAGCUUCUCGAAGUUUUUCUGAUGCAUCUUUGCUUUUAAACCCAUUUUAAUUAUGUCGCCUAGCACAGUCCUGUGUUCUCCAGGUAACGAGUGGCAGCAGGUAUGUGGUUAGCCUCCUGAGGAACCCCAACGCGUGGAACCAGCAGGAGAGCCAGGGAACGGCGCCGAGGUUCCUCACACGCCACUGUAUGGGCUGUGCUCCGGGCUACAGCUGCCCUCGCGCCUCCAGGGGGGGGACUUGUGGCAGGUUUUAUAUCCGUGUUUGUUCGUUUGUUCUUGAAUUAAGGGAUCGGAUGGAAUCCCUGAGCUCACCUGUGGAAGGAGAGCACCUCUCCUACGAGGAGGAGCGGGAUUAUGACCUUUAAACACAAUCAGCCAAUUAGUCACAGCAGGUGACCCCCCCCCCCCAUCCUCAAGGGGAAGCCUGCUGAUUGCGAUUGGCCAAUCAGCCAUAGAGGAGGGGCCUUUUUGGGGGAGUGGGGGAGAGAGAGUGGCCAGCCUCCAUUCUCGAUUUUUUUUAUUUGUUUGUUUUUAUUUGCUCCACGUUCUAAAUGUUUUGGUUUCCUUGGAUCUGUGUGGGCAUCUCUUUACUGUCAGACUACUGUGUGUGUGUAUGUGUGUGUGUGUGUGUGUGUGUGUGUGUGUGUGUGUGUGUCACAUGUCAAAGCACUGCAAUUCAACAUGUUUCCAAACACACACAGACGGCGAUCCCAGCGACAGAUCUGCAGGGCUACAGACCAGAGUGCAUGAGGAUGAGGAGUGUGUCUGUGUGUGUCUGCGUCUGCGUGGAUGGGGGUGUGGGGGGGGGGGGUUCAUUGCCUGGAUUAUUCCUCAAACCCACAGAAGAGCAAAGAGUAGCCUUCAUCUAACCCAUCCCAUUUCACAAAGGAAGCACAUUGGACAAAAUUAUCCUGUACAACAGGGAGGAGGAUCAGAAAAAUCGAUGCCCAGACCCGACUAAACGAUUAACGAUCGCUUUGGGUUCUGUUAACAGAAGAGAGAAAACCAGGCCACGACACAAUGGGAUUAUGGACACUGAGGCGUGGAAGCUGUGGGGGAGACGUUGUGCAAUGGACACACUGCAUUUGGGGAGGGAGGGGUGUUUCUUGCCAAAGGCAGGAGGUAAUGAGCUUUUUUUUCGCUAUCUGUGAAGCGAAUGCACUGUAAGGUGGGUUCUGGAUGAUCACUGCCAGUUGUAUGUGAUGGCCGCAUUUUCCCCAAGAUACGGGUGGUGGAGAUAGGUGUGUGGGGGGGGGGGAGCUGUCUGUCCUCCUCACGCCUGCGGGGGCUUUGUACGCGGCAAUGUGGGCAGAGCUCGGUCUCCAUGCUGUCCUGGGUGGAACAAUCAGGCUUAUGGAAAGAGCUGAAGCUUUGGGCUGAAGGUCCAAAAUAAUAAUGAUAAAAAAAGCAGGUGAGGGAGUGAGAUUCCUCAGUCCGCGUCCAGCUGAUACUGCGCUUAGCCAUGAGUGUUUAUCUCAUCCAUGCAGAAUGGACCAUCACAGCACCAAUAAAGAAAUGUCAUUUUUUUUUAA